AUCGCAACCAACGAAACCACCACGUUAUUACUCGUCAACCGGUCUGCACGGAGCAUCCGAGCUCUAACGAGUCGAUACUUCUGUUCCGAACACACAAACAACGUAGCAGACAUGUUUGACUACACCCGGUUCGACCAUGUCUUCAGUCCGUCGGCACAGUUCCCGUACGAUCGAAAGACGAUCCAGGACAUUGAAACCUACCGCAAGAGCUUCCAUGGGACACUAUUUAUCGACCGCGUUCUGAAGGCACUUGGUCUUACUAAAGCCAAAACGUACCCCCCCAAGUCCGACGCUGCGUUGAGAACGCUGCACGAGAACCUGUGCGAAGCCGACAUCUCCGUUCACCACCGCCUCUCCAUCUUCUACUACUUCCUGUUGGACUUUGACAGCGGCGACAGCCGAGCGCAGGUCUCCAACCGGUUCGCCGACGUGUCGGGCGUUCCCAAGACGUAUCAGAUCUUCAUGAAGGGGUUGUGGCUCCUGGAUCACCAACAGUUUGACCGGGCCUUGGAACACGUCACCCACCCAUCCCUUACCCCCGACUUCUCGGACGAGAUCCUCAUCACCUUCGUCCGACACUCCCCCGCCAACGACUACACCCUCCCCCUAGCCUACUAUCACACGGUCCAGCCGAUCCUGAAAAGCCAAGAAGCGUUAGAACUCCUCUUCAACGCCAUGGCCCGGACGAGCGUGACCGAAGCGCUCUACUUCUCCCGAAAACACCCGGAAGCCGUCCGGGAACAGCUCUUCCGGAGACUGGUAUCGAGCGUACUCGAUGCGCCCGCCGGCGAGGAGACGGCCAACCGCGCACUCGAGCUCGUGGGGCUCUCGCUGGACCCGUCCGAGGAGUCGUGGCUGGAGGAAUACCUUUCUCAGGGAGAGGGUAGGAGACUGAAGAAUGCCAAGGACACGCUCCUCAUGCGCAAGCUGGCUACUGGGCGGUACGAGGAGGCCGUCGAGGAGAGGGGGGUGAGCAGCAAGUGGGGUGUGGUGUUGGAGGGGAUCAAGACUGGCUUGGGCGGGCGAACCGAGUGAUGCGGUGUGUGUCCCUUGUCCUUACUGUGUGCCCUCGACUUGACCGAGGCCAAUCCGUCCAUGUAUUACGAUCACCUUUUUCUUUCUUUUCUUUUCUUUCUUCUUGUUUUUCUUUUUUUUUUCUUUUCUUGACCAGCAUAGCAUUGGCGUUUUUGGGUGAUAUCCCUGGAAGUUUGUCAUAUUCUGGGACAGGCAUUUCUCCGUUGGAACGAACGUGAUCUUUCAAUGCAGCGACGACAAGUGGCAUCGAAACUUUUGGGGGCUCGUCAAAGUAUUUAAGGACUACACCUGGCACCAGCUGGCGUCCUAUUAUGGAGCCCGGAGCCCGGUCCCGGACUUGACCUCCUUGAUGACUCAGAAUUUUCUCAC